UUUUAUAUGUUUUUAUUCAUUGAACACCAUAUUGUUUGUGCUUUAUUGUCAUAGUGAUGGUUCAACUCAACCCAACUGAAAUAAGCAUGGCCCAAAAUGUUUCUCUAAGACGGUCGGACGACCGCGUGCCUUUACUGUCAAAUAAUGGUCGUUUUCGUGAACCGCCACUUCGACACCUGUGGCUAGGCCUCCAACGCAGCUCCUGGUUCCUGAUCGCCUUUCUCGCCGUCUUCAUAACGUACCUAUCUCUCGGUGCCUUAGUCUUUAGUUCCAUGGAGCAGCCCCUCAAUCGCCAUUACCGUCUAGAUAUACGCAAUCGCGUCGAAAAAUUUCUCUUCAAAUAUCCAUUGAUUCCAGAACAAGAAUUAGACGCAUUGUUAAUGGAUGUUGUCCAAGCGACAAAUCGUGGAGUAGCUGUGACUCGAAACGUCUCUUCCGAACCCAACUGGAGCUUUGACCAGUUCCUCUUUUUCGCUGGAACUGUUGUCACGACUAUCGGUUAUGGACACGUAACGCCCCUAUCUGAGGGAGGCAAAAUAUUCUGCAUCGUGUACGCAUUGAUCGGUAUCCCUAUGACGUUGAUGCUCUUGACAUCCCUGGUGGACCGACUUAUGGUUCCUAGUACCUGGUUGCUACGCUACCUCAAUGCCAAACUAGGCCAUCUAUACCAGCCGUUCAACAUUCGCGUCUUCCAUCUUCUAGUCAUCGCCACUGUCCUAGUCGUUUUCUUCUUUCUGGUUCCGGCUGGAGUUUUCAACGUUUUGGAACCCGACUGGAAUUAUCUCGACUCCAUUUAUUAUUGUUUUAUUUCUCUCACGACGAUUGGAUUGGGUGAUUAUAUCCCGGGUGAUUCGCCCUAUCAGCCACUCAGACCACUUUACAAAAUCGGAACAACCGUCUACUUUUUAAUUGGUUUGGUCUUCAUGGUACUUACGCUGACCGUAUUUUACGAAAUUCCCCAACUCAACGUCGGUUCCGUAUUUCUCCUGAAAUCUGAUGAAUAUUUGGCAAAUACGUCAACUGACGACUCGAAAAAGGCACGGAUUCAGGGUGGCCCUUCUCUCGGCAUAGUAAUGCCCUCGUCACUGGGCUCCAGCACAACCUCGGCUGUACCAUUCGGUAGCUAUGGGGCCGGGUAUGGUGCAAUUGAAGAAGAAUCAGGUCGACCCAGCCAUCAGAUAGUUCGUGUUAAAUCACGCCGAGAAGAGGACUCACCUAGUCGCGAAGACACAACCCCUGUUCACAUAAGACCUUAAGACGAAUUUUCAUUUGAAAACCCAGGACCUAAUUCCUAAUUCCA